CCUCUCUCACCAGUUAAAUCCGAAACAUACGUUCAUUUUCAGUUUCAAAACCCCUUUUUUUUUUUCUUCGAUCUUUCGUUUCAUCAAAACAGAAAAAAAAUGGCGUCGGUUUCUUUGCUUCACCUUCACGACCCAGAAGACGACGUCGUUCCCCACCACCACAAUCAAACCAUAACCCUGGAUUCCAUCCCGUAUUGGUCUAACGAGUUCCACCUCUUCUCUUCCUCCGACCCCGAUCUCCCUCAUCAUGAAGAUGACGUGUCACUCACCGAUUCCCUCAUUAUCAACGGCCCCGAUCUGUUCGAUCGCCGCGAGAACCAAGUCAAUUUCGUCAUCGAUCUAUUCCACCAACGCGUCGAACAAUCUAAGGUCGUUUCCAAUAAUACCCCCAAUAAUGAUACCAAUUCCGGUAACCACAAUGGUAAUAGUGUUAACAAUGAUGAUGAAAUCAAUGCUGUUGAUUUGGUUUCUGAUGCUUUAACUGAAUCGGGUUUUGGUGUUAUUGAGGGAAAUCAUGAGCUAGAUUUAGGGUUGGCGUUAGGGUUUGAUUCGAUGGAUACUCGUGAGAGUGAUGUUGAGAUUGAUAUUUGCGGUGACGAUGACGAUGACGAUGACGAUGACGAUGACGACUUCUUCGUGGAAACGAGGGUUUCUGAGUUGAGUGCUAGUGAGGCUGCAUCCAAUUUUAGUAGUUUUGAAAAGUUUGGGGAUAACAUUAGGGCUGCUGGAUUUAGAUCCGAUUCGGAUGGCGAUGAGGAGAAUGGGAAUGCUAAUGGGUUGUUAACGAUUGAUUUGAAUUCAGGGGAUAAUUAUGGAAUUGAUGAUCAUGUUAAUGAUGGUUAUGACGUUGAUGUUGAUGACGGUGAUGUGAGUGUUAGUCUUCCAUUUCGAUGGGAUUCGCUUCAGUUGGAGGAUCGUAGGGAGGCGAAUGAGGAUUUCGAGUGGGAGGAAGUGGAUGAGAGGGUUGAUGAAAGGGAGGUUUUAAGCGUGCUUGUUGAUGGUGAUGAUGAUGAGAAUUCGGUUUCGCUUUCCAUUUCUCCUAUUAUUGCCCCUGAAGAUGCAGUUAAUUUGGAGAGGGCUGUCAGUUUGGGAACUUUAGGGUGGGAAGUUCUGUUGAAUGGUAAUAAUUUGGAAACAAACCCCGAGAUGGAUGAGAAUGCUGAGCCAUUAUUUUUUGAUCGUGAUGACUAUAUCUAUACUGCAGAAUAUGAAAUGUUGUUUGGACAGUUUGCUGAGAGUGAGAAUGCAUUUAUUGGGAGGCCUCCGGCUUCAAAAUCUGUAGUUGAGAAUCUUCCGUCUCUGGUUGUGACUCAGGAGGAUGUGGUGAAUAAUAAUGCACUUUGUGCAGUUUGUAAGGAUGAGAUUAACCUUGGUGAAAUGAUGAAGCAGCUGCCUUGCACUCACCGGUACCAUGGGGAUUGCAUUAUACCCUGGCUGGGGAUAAGGAAUACCUGCCCAGUUUGUCGUCAUGAGUUGCCUACAGAUGAUGCCGACUAUGAAAGGAGGAGGUCCCUAAGAGCUGGUGUUGCACCGUUAUGGUAAUUUAUGGUCAUAUGUGAUUUCCAAGCUUUUUGUUGAGCACUAGGUUGUUAAGAAUGUAAAUAUUGUUGCUGCAGUGAGUCAGUAUGUCUUUGUGAGGAUCAUGCUAUUCUUCGCAAUUUUAUAAGUAUUUUAUAUGUUCUUUUAAUCCUUUUUGUGGUAUAAGACUGUUCUAUGACUGAAUUGUACCAUGAGGGUUUUUGGAUUGGAAUAAUUGUCCACUAUUUAUGCAUCGACUGUGGUUGCCUUGCCUGUGCACCAAUAUUAUUUUGCUUCAAUUCUGUUUUAUCCUAUCCAAAAUACAUGAUUAUGAGGAAUUUAGGAUGUCAUGUAUGUGAAGUAUAAUAUUUUAUGCUGUUAUUGUUUCUAUUUAGUUUAGCUAUUAUUUUAGGAGUUUUGCCCGAAGAAGUUAUGUUUUGGAUAGCUAAGUUCAUGAAUUGGAAAUAGGUCUGGUUAAUUUAUUCAAGUUGGCAGGGGUAUGUUGGAUGAUUUUGGUAUGAAAUUGGCUGACAAGAUGCAUGGUUCGUUCUUAUUUAGUCAAGCAUGCAUGAUUGCAUGGGGAUUUGAUGUGCAACUCAGUGAGAACAAAUUUGUGGUAGGUGGUGUCAAGAAAGCACUUGGUAAAAGAAAAUAGUGGGUUGAGAUUUUGUGAAACACCACAUAAAUAUUGUUAUGUUCUUUGUUGAAUUGAUUAUACUAGUUGGCUGACUUUUAAUUAUUAAGAAUUUGUAUUCUCUACAUGUGUUGUUCUUCCUAUUCACUGUAAUUAUUACCCAUGGAUUCUUUCCUUCUUUUUUUUGUUUCUUCAAAAUAAUUUGAGAAAACUACAAAU